UUUUGUUUAAUGGUGUGUUUGACGUUUCUCUGCAUUCGAGACAAAAAAAAACGCGAACAACGCGACCGGAAUCGUUUUGAGUGCUGUUGAUAUUCAUUGCAUUUUAAUUUAAAACUGGAUUUGUACGUAAAAUCAAUAUUAUAAUGCUGUUCUAUUCAUUUUUCAAAUCGCUGGUUGGGAAGGAUGUGGUUGUCGAGCUGAAAAAUGACCUCAGCAUUUGUGGCACUCUCCAUUCCGUGGAUCAAUAUCUCAAUAUCAAAUUGACCGAUAUCAGUGUUACCGAUCCGGAGAAAUAUCCCCACAUGUUAUCCGUGAAGAAUUGUUUCAUCCGGGGAUCAGUUGUCCGGUAUGUGCAACUUCCGGGCGAUGAAGUUGAUACUCAGCUGUUGCAGGACGCCGCCCGGAAAGAAGCCGUUACGAGUGUUCGGUAAAAUAAGUUAGCCAUUGGGAGUGCAUAAUAUAUCAUCGAAAAAUAUAAAAUGAAGUUCAUUCGUA